UAAAUGAAAUGUAAGUUGGAUAUAAUCCAAAAAAAUGAGUUGGAAAACAAAUACGCAGGAUAUAUCGAAUGAGUAGAUGAUCUGGAUUGUUGUCUGCAGAACUUAUCACUAACAUUUCACCACCACUCAGUCGCAUCCCUGCGCACUUGCUUCGCCACAGGCACUGGGAUUACAGGCGAUUAUGAGUUUCGCGAAGCAAGAAUACGCUUUCCUCAAGGAGCUCGGAAUCGGCCCUACAAAUCUCGGAUGCUAUGUAAAUGGGGCGUGGAAGGCCGGUGGACAUACGAUCUCCACCGUAAAUCCUGCUAACAAUGAGAAAAUUGCUGAAGUUGUUGAGGCUUCAAUAGAAGAUUAUGAAGAAGGCAUGCAGGCUUGCUAUGAGGCAGCUAAGCUGUGGAUGCAGAUUCCUGCGCCAAAAAGAGGUGAUAUUGUUAGGCAGAUUGGUGAUGCACUGAGACAAAAGCUUCAACACUUUGGCCGACUUGUUUCACUUGAAGUGGGGAAAAUACUACCUGAAGGAAUUGGGGAGGUUCAAGAAAUUAUUGACAUGUGUGACUUUGCUGUUGGAUUGAGCCGGCAACUGAAUGGAGCAGUCAUACCGUCAGAACGGCCUAAUCAUGCAAUGUUGGAGAUGUGGAAUCCUCUUGGGGUAGUUGGUGUGAUUACUGCCUUCAACUUUCCAAGUGCAGUUCUGGGAUGGAAUGCAUGCAUUGCUUUAGUAUGUGGAAACUGUGUUGUCUGGAAAGGUGCUCCAACUACACCGUUGGUUACUAUAGCAUUGACAAAAAUUAUCACUGGGGUGUUAGAGAAAAACAAUUUGCCUGGAGCAAUUUUCACUGCUUUUUGUGCGGGUGCAGAAAUUGGUCAAGCCAUAGCAAAAGAUACACGAAUCCCUCUAGUAUCAUUCACUGGUAGCUCAAAGGUGGGCCUUUCAGUUCAGCAAACAGUGAACCGGAGAUUUGGCAAAUGUUUGCUUGAACUAAGUGGUAAUAAUGCUAUAAUUGUCAUGGAUGAUGCCGACACUGAACUUGUAGUUCGUGCUGUUUUAUUUGCUGCGGUCGGAACUGCUGGUCAGCGCUGUACAACUUGCCGAAGACUGCUUCUUCAUGAAAGUAUAUAUCACAAAGUAGUUGAACGUCUUGUUGAUGCAUAUAAGCAAGUUAAGAUAGGGGAUCCUUUAGAAAAGGGUACCUUACUUGGACCACUGCAUACACAAGCUUCAAGGGAGAAUUUUGAGAAGGGACUUGAGAAAAUAAAAUCUGAGGGAGGCAAGAUCCUUGCAGGCGGCUCAGUUAUACAAUCUGAAGGAAACUUUGUGCAGCCAACAAUAGUAGAAAUAUCUUCAACUGCAGAAGUCGUGAAGGAAGAGUUGUUUGGCCCAGUUCUUUAUGUCAUGAAAUUUAAGACAUUUGAGGAAGCGGUUAAAAUAAACAACUUUGUGCCUCAGGGUUUGAGUAGUUCAAUCUUCACCAAGAAACCUGAAUACAUAUUCAAGUGGAUUGGACCACUAGGAAGUGAUUGUGGUAUAGUCAAUGUGAAUAUACCAACAAAUGGAGCUGAGAUUGGUGGUGCUUUUGGUGGAGAGAAAGCCACAGGAGGUGGUCGUGAAGCCGGCAGCGAUUCGUGGAAGCAAUAUAUGCGACGCUCAACUUGCACAAUCAACUAUGGGUCUGAAUUACCUUUGGCUCAAGGAAUCAACUUCGGGUGAAAUAUAUACGGAGUAUUUCUUUUUGAAUUCAAAUAUCCUCGGCUCCUGCUACCACUGAGACACUGGAGUUUUUAGGUUACCUCUCUCUGGAGUUGAAUAACUACCCACCCACCCUCCAAAUAAAAAAAACCUCAAUGCUAGUCUAUAUGAAAGAGUCUGCUUGUCUUGGGAGGGGGGGUAGAUUGUAGCCACAUUGAAACAUUAGUCUUCUGAAUUAUUACAAUCAACUGAAUUAAGUGAAUAAAUCUUUCUCAAGUUUGUGCAUUGUUUUUCAUUUCUCAGCAUGCCAUCAUCUGGUUCCACACAUGAUAAACGUAAUCAUCAAAAAACGAAAUUCUAGUUGGUGUCGGAAGAUUUUUCAUUCAGUGUUCUUUUCACCUUUUCAAGAAUAGUCUUUCUUAAUCUUUAAAGAAAAAAAUAGUUGGAC